GAUGGGAAAGAACAAAAUACAGGAAUUGACAAAGAUCCCUCAUCUUUUGGCACAAUGGAAGCAAAGGAAGAAAUCACAGAUAAUGCUAUCAAUAAGCAUGAAGAGGAUGAUGAGAAAGAACAAAAAACAGAAACUACCAAAGAUCACUCACAUCCUAGUACAAUGGAAGAAAAUGAAACUCAAGAAAAGGAAGAAAUACCAAAUAUUUUGCAAGAUCAUUCAGAAAAUGAUACAAUGAAAACGAGUGAAAAAGAUGAUGGAAAAGAAGAACACACAGAAACUUUAGAAGAAAUGGUAUAUAAUGUUGCCUUAAAUGAGAAUGUAACUAAAAAGAAAAAAGAAGAAAACACAGAACCUUCCAAAGAAACAGUAGAUGAUGUUGCAAUGAAUGAGAAUGGAGCUGAAAGGAAAGAAGAAAACACAGAAGCUUUCAAAGAAAUGGUAGAUAAUGUUACAAUGAAUGAGCAUGGAGCCGAAAGGAAAGAAGAAAACACAGAACCUUCCAAAGAUAAAAAAAACUUAUUUAGAGACUUAUCAAAGAAAAUGAAUAUGGAACCAUAUGAAAACAAAACUCUAACAUUACAAGACUUUCUUCAGAUUGAUCAAGAAUGUUUACAGCGGAUGGAAGAUUGGCAAAAAGAGUCUGCAGCCUGGAAUUUUUUACAUAAAGUAAUUGCAUUAAAUGGAACAGCCAGAAGCAUAGUUACAAAAAGUGAGGAUGAAAAUGAAGAUCCUCAGGAUGACACAGAUGAUAUCAUCUGUGGCUCGUCUAACUCUGUUCAUCUCCUAGAUGUCCUUUGCUUUGUCUUGCAUUGCUGUGACAAUUUUUUGCAGCAGGAGAUUAUACUGAAAAUGUCUAUGUGUCAAUUUGCUGUCCCUUUGCUGCUCCCUGAUGUUGAUGGCCCAGGCUGUACCUUCAUGCUUUGGGGAAUGAGAGAUAUUGUAAAAAGAUGGAGACCUCAGUCUCUAGCUGAAACAAAGGGAUUCAUACAAGCAUAUCUUGUUCAGAUAUCUAUGCCAACAUUCAGUUUUGUUAGAUUGGGUGAAAGUAAAUUAUCUAAAUCUACUAUUCUAAAUCAAGUUCUCAGCCCAGCUCAGCACACCUACGACUUCUUUGUUCACAGUAAUAUGGAAGGUGCUGAUGUCACAAGGGAGAUAUCUGAGGGGCUGACAGAAGUAUCCUGGUAUUUUCCAGCAGGUAAAUGUAAUUCAGAUAUUUUCUCAGAGCCAGUUGCAUUUGCAAACCUUCAUGGAAACAUGGAGGACAACUUGAAGCAGUUUGCAUUUCUAACACAGAUCUCAUCAGCUGUUUUUAUUUUUGUGGAAAAUAUUGAUCAGCCUAUCUAUGACUUUUUAUCCCAAUAUAAAAACUCUAAGACAACCUUUGUCAUUAUUGUCAAGGCAAACAGUAAAAUUGACAAAAGCACAAAUCUCAAUGUUACUGUACUUCAGUUCAAAAGUAAAACUAGUGAAGCAAUAAUCACAAAGAAAAUUCGAGCAACUGCUGUCGAUUUUAUUAAAAAAGGAUGUAAUUUCAUGAAUUUGGAAGAUAUGGCAGAAAUUGCUUCCAAACUAGGAAUCUCUGUAGAUGAGAAUGGGAUAGAAUGUCAGAACGCAAAGGCAGAUGCCAAAGCCAUUGCAGAGGAAAUAAAAGAUGUUGCACAGUACAAGAAGAAAACAAUGAAGCUGCAGGACAAUUUAUGGAAAAAUCUGGCUGAGCUGGAAAAAGAAAUGUGUCAAAUGAAAAAACAAGGUGAUAAACGUGGAGAGAGUUACAAAGUGGAACUACAAAAUCAACGUGUAGAAAACCGUACGCAACAGUAUCAGUGUGAAAUGCCAAAUGGCAUUAGUAAGUUUAUUGAUUCAAUCAAGAAAAGGAACGAUACUGAAAAUCACUAUUUUUUGAAAUGGCUUAGAUUUUAUCUUGAUUUAUCUGCCAUGAAUAACCUCUCUGCUUUACAAGCUGAGUAUAAACAAAUGUCAAGCAGUCCCAGUAUGACUCGCCUGUCUGAGCUUGAUCAGAAAAUAUCAGACAGUUCCCUGGGUAUUGAACAUUUUUUGAGAGAAUUAGGUCAGUUUUAUGAGGCAGAACAUUUUAUGUUGAAGGAAGAAAAUGCAAAAAAAAGAAAAUUUGCUCAACUGCCAAAAUAUGCUGCUGAUCUCUUACUUCGUGGAUUCGCAUUGGAGCUGAUAGAUGGAGAUGCUUCUAAUAUCCCACUGCAGUGGCUACAGGAUGUACUACAUGAGCUGGACAAUAAAACAGGGAAAUGCUGCAGAAUGGGGGUAAUCACUGUACUGGGGGUGCAGAGCACAGGGAAAUCCACCCUUCUAAACACAAUGUUUGGGCUGCAGUUUCCAGUCUCUAGUGGACGAUGCACACGGGGGGCUUUUAUGACACUAAUGAAAGUAAGAGAAAAUUUUCAAGGAGAGCUGGGCUGUGAGUUUAUUCUGGUGAUUGAUACUGAAGGAUUGAGAGCUCCAGAAUUGACUUCUCUGGAAAACAGCUAUGAAUAUGAUAAUGAACUGGCAACACUGGUUGUUGGGUUGAGUGACAUCACAAUUGUAAACAUGGCCAUGGAGAAUACAACUGAGAUGAAAGAUAUUUUGCAGAUAGUGGUCCAUGCAUUCCUAAGAAUGAAAGAGAUUGGAAGGAAACCUAAGUGCUAUUUUGUACAUCAGAAUGUAAGUGAGGUUUCUGCACAUGAAAAUAACAGACGAGACAGAGUGAAACUUCUGGAACAUCUGAAUGAAAUGACCAAAAUUGCAGCAAAUAUGGAGAAUAAGACUAAAUUUACAGCUUUUUCUGAUAUUAUGAUGUAUGAUCCAGAGAAAGACAAUGCCUACAUUCCUGGCCUCUGGAAUGGAGUCCCACCAAUGGCAUCUGUAAAUGUUGCUUACAGUGAAACUAUCUAUGAGCUUAAAGCAUAUUUAAUUGAAUCUAUGAAGAACAAGGGACACAGAAUUGGUGACUUCAUGCAGUGGAUAGAAAGUCUGUGGAAUGCUGUGAAAUAUGAAAACUUCAUUUUCAGCUUUAGAAACAGCUUAGUAGCCAAUGCCUACAACCAACUGGCUAAGAAAUACUCAGAACUAGAGUGGAAGUUCACUAAGUCAAUGCAUAAUUGGCUAGCAGAGACUGAAACAGUGAUCAAGAAUCAAAAUGCACAGACAGUGGAUAGUGAAGCAGCACAAUGUAAACGUGCAGCAUAUGUUAUCCUUGGCAAUGAGGAGGUGAACAUGCAGGCAGAAUUAGAGAAAUAUUUUUCAAGUGAAAACAAAGAUGCAAGUCUAAUAGAGAGGUACAAAGCAGAAUUUCUAACUAGUGCGAGUUGCCUUAGGAAGAAGCUGGAAUCAUCAUCUAUUAGCAAAUGUGAUGAGGCUAUUCGCAUCCAUAAAGAGAACUUAAAGGUAAAAAAUAUUAUCAGUGCAUACAAAGAAGUUAUUGAUAAACAGGUCGCCAGUCUUGUGAUGAAGUGUAGGGAACAAAAAUAUAAACCUGAUGAAAAAAAACUUGAAGAAGAAUUUGAGGUAAUGUGGACAAAUAUUAUAGCAGAGUUAAAUGUUACUGCCCUUCCAGAACCUAAUGUUGAACUUGAACUUCUUACAUUACUGAAAAAAGAUAUGACAUCAAAAGGUUCCUCUAUCAAUCAAAGACUGAACAACAUAAACAAACUUCCAAAGCAGGAAAAGUUGCAUGUACAUGAAAAUAAGGUGAAAAGUUUUUUAGAAAAAAUAGGGAAAAAAUUGCGUUUUGAGAGUAGUGUUUAUAGUUCUGACAAACUAGAAGUAUUUCUUAAGUCCCUUUCAGACACAUGUUCUGAGUAUAUAAAGGGUAAGCUAAAAUCAGAAUCUGACUAUGAUGAAACAUAUGGAUUGGAACUACUACAUUUGAUUAACUCAGUGUGUGAUGGAAACAAAGAUUUUCAGAUCACAUCUGAUACUGAGCUGGAUCUGAAACUCUUUAUUUUGGGUAAUGCAGUUGGUGAUUUUCAACAGAUGCAUAAAGAGUUUGUCAAGAAGAAUGAUCCUCUGAUUUGUCUUGGAGAGAUGAAACCAAAAUAUUGUAAGAGUUUUCAGUAUCUAUUUCUGGAGAAAGAUGAAAGCCGGGAGCGAGCAAAACAUUUCUGUGACUUCUGGUUGAAACCAGCUCUGAUUGAGCAACUAAACCGAAAACUUGGAUAUGAAAUAGUUGAUCACAUUCUAGAGAAUAGUGAAUCCAAUCAUUAUAAAACAAGAGGAUACUUCCAGUUCACUGUGAUGAAAACUCUUCUAGAAAAGAGUAAUUUUUCUGACUACCUAGAAUACAUAAGUGAAUAUGAAAUGUUUGUCAAAAAAUGGAUAAAUAACUGUAUUUUAGAAAAAUGUGACUUCCACCAUCUGCAGUCGAUUAUUCUUUCUAAUAUCACAAAGAAGAUGAAAAGAUUCCUAAAUGAGCCAAGGACCUUUCAGUUUCAGAAAGUCUCUGAUUUCCUUGAGCACCUUAAGAAAGGACUGAGGACUGAUCUAGUGUUAUCAGAUGAUAUGAGUGUGUUUUGCCUGAAAGAUGAGGCAAAUAUAAAAGAAUUUGUUGAAAAUCUCAAGAAAUCUCUUAGUGACACUGAAGCUGAAAUCAUAUUUGAGAUGAAAGCAAUGGACAAGGAAAUGAUUUUCUUCAAUGUUGUGGUAAAACCAGUUGAUGAAUUGUUUAAGAGAGUAUUUGGAUGUGGGAAGCAGUGUCCUUUCUGUAGCGUUCCCUGUGAGGCUGGUGGAACUGAUCAUAAAAAUCACUUUGCAUCUAUUCAUCGACCUACAGGAUUGGGAAAAUACAGAUCCUGUUUCACACAGGUUCUUUGUUAUGAUAUCUGCACCACUAAUAUAUCUGGCAAUAAAUCAUUUAUAGAUAAAAGUCAGUCUUCUCAUCUCUAUAAAGACUACAGGACAGUUUAUCCAGAUUGGGAUAUUCUUCCUGACCAAAGUAUUGAGGCUUCUGAUUAUUGGAAAUUUGUUCUUAAAGAAUUUAAUGAGCAAUUUGCAAAAGAAUAUGAGGCCAGACCUGCUGAAUAUCCCGAGGAAUGGAAUACAAUAACUAAAGCACAGGCAGAAAAAUGCCUCAACACUGCCUUUGGUAUGAAAUGAAUUAUUUGCUAAAGUACAAUAUGUAAAAAAAAAAAACAGUUCACUCUACAAAUCAGUUCUCUGUUUCUUCAAAUUCCUUUUUUCUUCUACUGGUAGCAUAGUUUUCCACCAUUGUUCAUUAUUUCCACUUGAAAAAAAUAAUGGAGAAGAACAUUACUUUAGUCAGAAUAAAGCAGGGGGGUUACCUUUGAUAUAAAUCUGCCUGUUAAAAUUAAGUUCUUGAAAUUAAAUUUUUAAAAUUAAAACACAUAUGCUAUCAUAA